AACAGUAACUCUGUAUCAAAGGAAAGUGGGCGUUGACAACGCAAAGACACAAGAACACAAGCCAAGCAAAGCCAGAAGGCGAAUUCAGAAGAAGGGCUGAUUCGGCCGAAGGUGUGAGUAUCUUCUUCUCUGUGACUGCACCAGGGUUUGCCAAUUUAGGGCUUUCCUCGUCGGGGCUAUUCAAUUUUCCAUCUUUGCAGUCGCAGAGACUCUGAAAACAAAAAACAAAAAACAAAAAAGAGGGCAAAAAGAUCGAAUUUUGAAUGAGAGCGAGUGCCAUAUAUUCUCGUGGGUAUUAGGGUUUUGCAAUUCAAUUUAGCAGAGAAAAGAGGAGAUUGUUGGAAAUGGCUUACAGGAGGAGGCAGCAGGUGCCAUCAUCUUCGUCAUCAACAUCAAGCCCAAGCUUUCGAUUUGAAGAAGAAGAAGACGAAAAAUCUCGGUACCCACUUCCUCCGCCGCAGUCCGAUGAUUCGCUUGCGGCCAAAGCUAUUCGAGCCUCUUCGGCACACCGCGACUCUUCUCUCUCCUCUGCUUAUGCCGCUCGCGGUGCUCAGCCUGCUGUCAACUCCUCGUCACCUUCCCGAUUUUCCAACCCUCCCACCACCACAACCCCUGCGUCGUCUUCUCCCUCACAGCCACAUGAGUAUACAUCAAUAAAAAACUUGAGUGAAUCCAAACAUGGGUUUUGGGGUGUACUUGCUAGAAAAGCCAAAGCCAUUCUCGACGACGACGAGGAUAAUGCAGCUGAAAAUUAUGAUUCUCCUGGAAGAACAAGGGUGGACAUGCCUUCUACACCAACAAGGGGUAAGCAGUAUCGUGAUCCAAACCAACAUGUUGAGAGCCGUGGAAGGACAGACAACCCGACGUUACAGAAGGGGUUGGGUGCAUUCACAUCAUCCCUUAGUUAUAUUAGUGGAACCAUUGGGACUGCCUUGGAGGAAGGUCGUACGAUUGUUGAGAACCGGACUGCAGACAUCAUUCAAGAAACUCGUAAGCAUAUCAAGAAAAAGGCCAGUGGUUCUGCACAGAAUCAGGCGCAAAAACCUCAGACGCAAGCUGACCUCGAACUUCAAUUGAAGGCAUCUCGCGACGUAGCAAUGGCAAUGGCUGCCAAAGCAAAACUUCUUCUUCGGGAGUUGAAGACUGUCAAAGCAGAUUUUGCUUUUGCAAAGGAGCGAUGUGCUCAGCUGGAGGAAGAAAACAAAAUCCUUCGAGAGAAUCGUGAAAGGGGAGACAGCCCUGAAGAUGAUGAUUUGAUACGGCUGCAAUUGGAAACACUUUUGGCAGAGAAAGCAAGAUUGGCACAUGAAAAUUCAGUUUAUGCACGUGAAAAUCGCUUCCUAAGGGAGGUUGUCGAAUAUCACCAGCUUACCAUGCAGGAUGUUGUUUACUUGGACGAGGGAACUGAAGAAGUCACUGAAGUUUAUCCCAUUAAGGUCAUACCUUCUUAUUCUUCACCAGCAUCAGAAGUCCGGGGAGUUUCCCAAAAUUCUUCCCAAUGAAGCUCUUCUAUCCCCCUUUUGAUGGCAACUGGAGAUGUUUCUCUUUGAUUGGCAAGGGCAUAUAAUCUAUACUUUCAACAAAGGCUUGAAGUUGUAGCAAUAUUAUUUGUUGUUUGUAAUAUACUUUUUGCCAUUUAUUAUCAGUCCGUCCAAUUUGCUUGGCUGAUAUGUGUAGUUCAUGUCCCAUGAGCUUUAAAAAGCUUCUUAACAUACAAUGAUAAUUUAUUUAGUGCUUGGGAUUCACACA